CAGAAAGGGUUUAACGAAUGUUUUUUUUUUGCUUCCAUUGACUUUUGGUAUUCGUUUUCUAUCGCUCAGUAACUGCAGCAGAGAAGUUAAUGGUAAGAAGGAGGCUUCUAGAGAUGGGAUUCGGAAAAGAAGUCCAGCCUCGGGGAGCCACUUUAAGAAAAAGCGACUAGGCGGGACACUGCCAGCUCAGAGGGGAACGAUGAGAGAUAAAAGUGCUAUAAGUGUAAGGUCCCGAGCGCCUUGAGGACUCCUAAAGGGGAGGGGGCAUAGGGCUUCCGCCCCUUCACAGGGAGGCGUGUUCUACUUCCGGUUGGGUCUGGUGUCGGGGAAGUCUCUGCUUGCGCGUGCGCGCUGCGAGCCUUGUCCUGCGGUAACGUGUACUCCAACAUGAAUUUCCACUCCGCGCAGCGAGCUGUAGUGCAAUUCCUCCGAACCGUGGCUCCGGCCGACCUCCCAGAGCUGCUCCAGUGGAUGCGAACUACCAGUAAGCGACCAGAGCCAGAAGCAGGAGAUUUUGAUGAAUUCACUCAAGAUAAUAAUGACAUUAUGUUGAAAAACAUAGCAGAAGACCUUCGGAAUUGCCUACCUCUAGAAACUAUGCUUUCUUCAGAACAUCUAGCCCUCCAAAAAAUACGGCAGCAGCCAGAACCCACAGUUCACGUGGAUGCCUUCCUUUAUGAUGAAGACUUUAUUGAUACAUUAUGUGAGGAAGGAAAAAUGAGCAGAAACUACUGUAUGGUGUGCGGUUCACACCAGACGGCACCUUUAGGAUUUAUUUCUCAUUCCUUCUCUCUCAUGGAAUUGAAGUUCAUUUAUUAUCAUGUGCUCCCUGAUCUGUCGGGAAAGGUCUUGGUUGAUGUUGGCUCCAGGCUCGGCACAGUCCUUUAUGGGGGUUAUCUUUACAGUUCAGCAUUGCAACUAUAUGGAGUAGAAUUGAAUGGAGACUUUUGCCAGUUGCAGGAAAUGGUCAUUAAAAAAUACAAGUUCACUGACAGAAUAAAGGUGCUUCAUGCAGACAUCUGUACCCAGGGUUCACUUCUACAAAAUGCUGAUAUUAUUAUAAUGAAUAAUGUCUUCGAAUAUUUUCUUGAUGAGGCAGAACAGGCCAGAGCCUGGGAAUAUAUCAGCCAUAAUGUAAGGAAACCAGGAUCAUUAUUAGUAACAGUACCAAAUCUUGAAGAUUCUCUCUCAAGACUUCAGGUUAAUAUACAGUUGUCUGCCUGGGUUGAAGAAGUAGCACUGAACUAUGAUGUAUACCAAGAAAAGGAUAUUGACAGGGAAGCUCUUGAACAAAUUCACUUAUAUAAGAUUCUAUAGCACUAUAAUAGUCUCAGUAUAAUGUUUUGUUGAGUAUAUUAAAAAUUAAUGAAAAAAACAUAAUCCCAGUACCCUAGCACAUAUUUUUUCUGUAUAUUCCUUUCUAGUCUUGGUACAUAUGUUUACAUAUUUUUAAACAGUUGUAUAUGUAAGUAUACAUGUACAGUUAUGUACAUAUAUAUAGUGUACAUACACAGACAUACCCAACUUUGAUUUGUGUGAUAAUUUCAUUAAAAAUUUAUCUGAAAA